GCGACUCGUGCAGUCGUGGUGUUGUAGCGGUGCAGCGACGGCCUCGAGACACGCGGUGGUGACGAUUGACGACCACACCGUAAUAUAUUAUUAUAGUUCUGUGCAAUAAUAAUAAUAAUUAUUAUUAUUAUUAUCGUCGUCGUUUCGCGUACACUGCAACAUAUUAUUCAUCCGCAUAAUACGCACAGAUCGUCGUAUACGCGAUAUUAAUAUUAGGUGCAGUGCAUUAACGCCGUCGACGACGUGUACCGCCGCCAAAUACGUUCAAUCUUGUAAAAAUACACACACUGCACCGGCUGUGCGUUUCGUCCGCGGCUCAAACCCGGCCCGGUCAAAUGAUGCUGGACAUACUGCACCGGCACGUCGUCAGGGACAUGGACGGAUUUCCCAGAAUCUCCAACUCAGACGGCGACUGUGGCGACGGCCCGGCGAGUUGCGAGGGCUGCGGUUCGAAGAUCGUGGACAGGUUCCUGAUGCGUGUUGGUACGAGCAGCUGGCACGAGCAUUGCGUCACGUGUACCGCGUGCGGCGUCCCACUGGCCAAGUCGUGCUACUACCGGCACAAUGGAUUGUACUGCAAAAACGAUUAUGACAGACUAUUUGGAGUCAAAUGCGGUCGGUGUGGCGAGCCUUUGGGAGCCAGAGAGUUGGUAAUGCGCGCCGGGCCCAGUCACGUCUAUCACGUGGGAUGUUUCGCGUGCGUGGCUUGCAUGCAACCAUUACAAAAAGGUCAGCAGUAUGUGGUCAAAGCUGGAGGCGGGCAACUGUUCUGCCGCACAGACUUCGAAAAAGAAAUAUUUCUCAUGCAACAGUCCGUUGGAAGUCCUCAACCAGAUGACAGUUUAACUUUGGACGAGAAUUGUAGGCCUCGAGACGGCCGUCGUGGUCCGAAAAGACCCAGAACCAUAUUGACUUCUGUACAACGACGGCAGUUCAAAGCUUCGUUCGAAGUCAGUCCAAAACCUUGUAGAAAAGUACGAGAAGCGCUGGCUAAAGACACGGGUUUAAGUGUGCGAGUCGUGCAAGUAUGGUUUCAAAAUCAGAGAGCCAAAAUGAAAAAAAUCCAAAGAAAGAGUAAACAGGACGAUAAAAAUACCAACAAUAAUAACGCUAACAAUACGGACAAAAAUGAAACUGAACACGCUACAAAUACCACGUCUAGCGUGUGUUCUGGAGAUCAUUACUUGAGCUUGAGUACGCUGAGCAUGCACGACAGCAGCGACUCGAACUAUCAGAACAGCCAGCCGCUGAACCCCAACAUACCGUACUCGCCCGAAGGUACGUACACCGGCGAACACUCUGUGGACAGUUUCUGCAGUUCGGACGUGUCCCUGGACGGCAGCACCACGGCGGCGGACGAGAUCGGCUCCGACACCAUGUCACUAGACCUGUCCGUCCACCACGGGACCCUCAGCCAAAACGUACACCACCCGAAUCACCAUCACCACCACCACCACCAUCACCAUCACGUGGGCGGUGCCGCGUCCGUGGUGCCGGGCCAGCAGAUCAACCCGAUCGACAAACUGUAUCUGAUGCAAAACUCGUACUUCAACAGUAGCGACCAUUAAACAGUAUAUUAUAUUUCUAUUGUAUAUCGUACACGCCCACACUCGUAUAGCGCGCGAUUAUUAUUAUUAUUAGUAUUGUAUCAUAUAUGGUUAUAUAUCGUCCAUCGUAAAUACAGGUGGUUACCGUGUCGUCGGAAAUUGGUUGGACUCGAUCGAUGGGUUAGAGUCGUGUCUUCGUCUCACUGUCCUACAUUAAUAUUACAUAUUAUUAUUUAUUUAUUUAUAUAUAUAUAUAUAUAUAUACUUACCUUACUUCAUCAUCAGCAUAGUUUAAUCUCUUCACAUUCACACACUACCCGUUUAAUAAUAUUCUUGAAAAACGUACAAUGUUUAUUGUAUUCUGUCUGUACCAUCAUGUACACUGCACUGCUGCGGAGUGUAACAGAAAUGCAUUUUGUCAAUUUUAUUCCUAUUGCGCCUCGUGGCUCGUGUACGAUGUCAUUCACCGUGCAUGCUGCAUACUAUUAUUAACGUCGUAUUGCCAAAGUCAAACAUGUAAUAUACCAAUAUACGUUACUAACUCGAUCGAUUACUGUACCGUUUUUGUAUCGUAUAUUAUCUCAUUUUAGUCCAUUACUAAAGACUUGUAUGUAAUACGCGGUUUUAAAAGAGCCCUCUAUACCAAAGUUUACUGUCUCCGAGUGGUUAUUUGCUUAGGUCUAAGAAAUUAUAAGUGUGUUGUAACUUCUGUAUAAUAUGAUUAUUAUUGAAUAUAUAUAUAUAUGUACGUGUGUAUAUACUGUCGUACUGUUUUAUUGAUGUUAAUUGUAUUUUAUCGCGCAUUAUUUAAUUUGAAAUCUAGACGAAUAAUUAAUACAUAUAGUAAUGUAGUUUCACUGUAGUAAAAACUAUGAACAUUUACUUAAAUUAAUAUAUUUAUGUUAGGUAGGUAUACAGACCUAUAGUAUAUACUAAUAUACUAUAAAUAUAUAUAAAUAGGUACACAUACAAGCUAUAUAUAUACUAAUCAAUAACGAUGUGGUAUUUAUUGUGGUUAUAAUGAAUAAUGUCCAUUUGAAAUUAUUGUCAACUCAUUUUAUGUUUACCUACUUAUAUUUAUACGUAUGUAAUUUUGUAAACUUAUUUAGUGCACUUAAAUCCACAAGUCAGACAAACGUUUAGCUACCUAGUUAUUUAAUAUGUGAAAAUACAGUGUAAACGAUUAAUGAAAUCGUAAAUAAAAAAAAAAAUGCUAAUCAGAAUAUAAUACUAUGUAAUAUAUAUUGUUAUUGUUUGUGCUAUUAAUUAAAAUAUUAAAAGAUA